UUUAGCUAUGUUAGGUAUAAAGAAGAAAUACCUAAUUAAAGAAGAACCCGCCGACGGCAAGCCUUCCAUCCAUGGAAGAACAAAGAAAAACAACUACAAUUAUGACAACGAUAAUACCGGUUUCUGUCUCAUGUCAAUGUCAGAAUUACAUAAACCCAUUACGGGUACAUCUUGGCGACCCGUCAAGAAGGCGGCCGCUUCCUCUAUCGCCGCCGUCUUACUCCUCAUUGCCGGUGUCCUAGUUUCCGUUGGUUGGAUUGAUGCUUCGGUAUUUUCAGGUGUUUAUUCCUACCAAAACAUAGUCAUCGGUUCCAAUUCAACAACAUCAAGACAGAAACCGGAGUUUCUACUUGAAUGUUCGACUGAUAAUGACCAGACACAAACAUGUCCGAGGGACUAUCCUACUACCACUAGUUCAGACAUUAAUACAUCGAACCUUACGUGCCCUUCAUUCUUCCGAUGGAUUCACGAAGAUUUACGGCACUGGAAACAAACGGGGAUCACACAAGGCAUGAUCGAGCGGGCACGGAAGAUGGCUCAUUUCAGGCUGGUGAUUGUGAACGGCAGAGCAUACGUAGAGAAAUUCAGGAAGUCAAUACAGACGAGAGAUAAGUUCACUUUGUGGGGUAUAUUGCAGCUUCUAAGGUUGUACCCUGGAAGAUUGCCGGAUUUGGAGCUGAUGUUCGACUGCGAUGAUCGACCCAUCGUUCGUUCCUUGGAUUAUCAGGGUCCUGAUGCUCGACCACCUCCGUUGUUCCGAUAUUGCUCCGACGAAUCGAGCAUGGACAUCGUGUUCCCAGAUUGGUCCUUCUGGGGAUGGGCUGAGACCAAUAUAAGGCCAUGGGGAAAUCUGUUGGAGGAGAUAAAGAAAGGAAACCAGAGGACGAAGUGGGAGGACAGGGUGCCCUACGCUUAUUGGAGAGGAAACCCCACCGUGGCCCCUACUAGAAAAGACCUUAUGAAGUGCAAUGUUACCGACAAAAAUAACUGGAAUACCCUCUUAUACGUUCAGGAUUGGGGCCGGGAAUCUAAACAAGGGUUCAAACAAUCAAAUCUAGAGGACCAAUGCACCCACAGAUAUAAAAUAUAUACAGAAGGAUGGGCGUGGUCAGUGAGUGAAAAAUACAUUCUAGCUUGUGAUUCGAUGACGUUGUACAUAAGGUCCCAAUUCUACGAUUUCUUCAUAAGGGGCAUGGUGCCAUUGCAGCACUAUUGGCCCAUUAGGGUAAACAGCAAAUGUAAAUCCCUCAAGUUUGCAGUCGAAUGGGGUAACCUUCAUCCCCACGAGGCCAAAGGAAUUGGAGAGGCUGCUGGAAACUUCAUACAAGAGGAUUUAAAGAUGGACAAUGUCUAUGAUUACAUAUUUCAUUUGCUAAACGAGUACGCCAAUCUCUUGAAAUUCAAACCGGUGAUCCCUCCGGCAGCCGUCGAGCUAUGUUCGGAAACGAUGGCGUGUCAAGAAACCAGUACGUGGAGGAAGUUCAUGGAAGAAUCGUUGGUGAUGUCUCCCAGAGAUGCAACCCCAUGCGCCAUGCCUCCACCUUAUAAGCCCCCAGAGCUACAAGACUUUCUUGAAAGAAAGGCUAAUUCAACCAAGCAAGUGGAGAUGUGGGAAGACCAAUAUUGGCUUAUUUCAGAUAAAAAACAAUAAAAUAAAAAAUUGUU